AUGUUCAGACCAGGCGGCAUCACCUUGCUGGAGGCUUUCAUCUUGUUCUGCGCCUCCAUCUCUACUCCUCCCCAUGUCAUAUACUUCUGGAACUGCAUCAUCGGUUUAUGCGUUAAUACCUUUGGCAACCCAGAAAAGUCCAUCUACCCCUACUUUGACGCCAAAGGUCCCCUCCCAGAAAUUACCUCCCAAACAGCCCUCGUUAUCUGCAUGUGUAAUGAAGACCCGGCCCCGAUCCUCAGCCGCCUCCACGCUAUGCGUGAAAGCCUGCUCCAAACCGGGCGCCUUCAGUACUUUCGCUUCAUCAUUCUCAGCGACACCAGCCGUCCGGAUGUAAUGGGGAUGGAAGAUAAAGGGUUCGCCGACCUUGCAAAAAGCCUCGGCAUGGGCAUGUCGCGAGCGCCCCUAUACCGGCGCCGCAUCAAGAAUACGGGCUACAAAGCCGGGAACAUCAAGGACUAUGUCGAUAACCACUCGGAAGGCGACGACUUGUUCGUUACGCUCGACUCGGACAGCGCCAUGGGUGGAGACGUGCUGGUUCGUCUGGUCUCCAGCAUGGAGAAACAUCCGCAAAUUGGCUUGCUGCAAACCCAAUUCGCCGGCAUGCCAGCCGUCAGCACCUUUACCCGUCUCUGGCAGUUUGGCCUGCGCUACAGCGUGCCUGUCCAAAACGUGGGGAGCAACUGGUGGGUCAACGACUGUGCGUUUUACUGGGGCCACAACGCCAUUAUCCGCACCAGGGCCUUCCACAAGCACUGCAUGCUCCCCGUUCUUCCUGGAAAGCCGCCGUUGGGUGGACACAUCCUCAGCCACGACGUCAUGGAAGGCAUGUUCAUGCGCCGCGCUGGGUAUGAAGUCCGCAUGAUCCCCUUGGAAACUGAAAGCUACGAGACCAACCCGCCGACCCUUCUCGAUUUCUUGCGCCGUGAACACCGAUGGUGUCAGGGCACCAUGCAGUACUGGUUCUUGCUAAAGGAGCCUGGCCUCAAGUCUGUCAGCCGCUUCCAAGUGUGCCAAAUCCUCGCCUCAUAUCUCGGCCCGGCUUUCGGGGUUCUGUGGAUCUUAGCCGGCAUCGCCAAUGGCAUGUUGGGUGGAUAUGAGGCCACCCAAUUCGAGUACAGAUUCGUGGCACACCUGAUUAUGAUUGGCAUCUGGCUAAUACCUAAAAUCGCCUGCAUUUGUACCUCCUUUGAUCGCUACGGUAGCGGCUUCCGCUAUGCCGUCUCCCUCUUGCUAGAAAUUAUCCUAAUGCAGCUUAUCUGGCACGUCAUCAGCGUAGCCAUCACAGUCUUCUUCUUCAGCCUCGUCAGCGGCAAGUCCAUUAGCUGGGACGGCCAGAACCGCGACCGGCUUGGCCUCAGCUGGCGAGAAAGCUUCCGUGUCCUUUGGCCGCAAACUCUCGUCGGCUUUAGCAUUGCCGGCCUGCUCGCCCUUGAGGAUAACAUCACAUGGCUAUGGGCACUCCCUUUCGUUACUGGCCUCUGUCUGGCCACGCCAUUUGCUGUUAUCACUGCAUCGCCGCGUCUCAGCCAGAUUAUCACCCGCCUGCGUCUCUUUCUGGCUCCAGAAGAGGCCAAACUUCCGCCGCUCUUGUCUGUGCUAGUCGCACCGGAAAUUAUUUACGCCUUCAAGGCCGCGGCCACUCGAAGACUUGGAUCAAAAGCUAUACUCGAGAAUUGA